CCAUGUUGACCCCAAAGCAUCAUCCUGCAGACACCAUGCUGACCCCAAAGCAUGGGCGAAAAGCAUGCUCUGAUCUCUACAAUAAGCAUGGCUCCAUUGCAUUCCAUAUCAACCCCAAUUCAUGGCCCCACUGCAGCCCAUACUGACCCCAAAUCAUGACACCACUGAGUCUCAUACUAACUCCAAAACUUGGCCCCACUAAGCCCCAAAGCACGGGCACAAAGCUCGCUCUGAGAUCUGCUGGCAAAGCACGGCCCCGCUGAGCCCCGCAGUGCCCUGCACAACACAGCAGAGGUGGUGCCGAUGCCCGCGGCUCUGCGUGCUGCAGAUACGAAACUCAGCAACUGUUGCGAAACAUGGAAAUCCCGCACGGCAGCCGCUUCCUUCCAGCGCUCCUUGAAAACGCGUCGCUCAGCAGCCAGGCUCAGAGCACCCUGAAGGCAGCGGGAGGAGCAGAAGCACAGCACUGCAGCCUGCCUUCACCCUCAGGUUUCACACGGCACAGAGAUGGCGUUUGUUCCCGACCUGGACGCGCUGGAGAGCAGCAGCCUCAGCGAGGAGACUUUCUACGGCCCCUCCUGCCUCUGCCUUCAGAAGGUACGGAUGGCAGAGUGCGGUGGCUCGGUGGCAUGGUGCCCUGGCAGCGCACGGUGCUCAGCCGCAGCCCUCUGCCUGCAGAAGCCUCGCCUGGAUUCUGAGCACACGGCUGUGGGUGUGCAGGUGUCAGUGAGGAAGGGACGCCGGAGCUUCCGGCAGGCUGCCGUGCUGGUGGUGGCCAUGACCAAACUGCUGCGGAGGCCAAAGCACAGGGACUUUGCUGACAGCGACUUGAGCAUGCUCCUGGAGGAGGUUUUUGAGCCCGUCACCUUCCAGCGGCUGCAGAGCAGCUACGCCGGGGCGCCCGCCUUCCGCUACACCCGCUCACAGUCCUUUGACAUCUUCGACAUCAACCAGAAGUGCUUCGUGCUGGAGUCGCCCACACAGCUGGUGGCCCUGCACCUCCAGGGGCCCUCCUCCAGCCAGAAAGUGAGGCUCAACAUUGCGCUGUAUCGGCCCCGAGGCCCACGUGGCAGCGCUGGAGCCGGGCAGACACCAGUGGCACUGGGCAUCAAGGGCUACAAGCUCUACAUGUCUUGCGUGCUGAGCGGCGCCGAGCCCACGCUGCAGCUGGAGGAAGCCGACGUCACGCGGGACAUCGACAGCGCCGAGCUGACCCGCUUCAUCUUCUACCGCCUGGACAGCCCGGCCGAGGGCACCACGCGCUUCGAGUCGGCCGCCUUCCCUGGUUGGUUCAUCUGCACCUCCCUGCAGCCCCGGCAGCCCGUGGGCAUCACCAACCAACCCGACCAGGUCAACGUUGCCACCUACAAGCUGAGCGGGCGCUGACUGCCCGCCCCAACCCAAACCGGCCCGUUGCUGGUUUCCAUGCUGUAUGUACCGAGUACAAGCCCUGCUGCCCCGCCACGCUGUUCCACGUGGAAUAGCCGCUCUGGGCCCCGUGGGCCCGAGUCACACGUCGUUUAUGUUUCGUUACCGUCCUGUUGCUUUUAACUUAUAUUUUUUUACCGUAAUUAUGAUGGAUUUUGUUUCACUCCCCCCUUCUUGGGGUGGAGGUAUUUAUUGUGAGAUUGGAGAAAUAAAAGCUUCCCUGUGGACGCGUGUCUCAGCGUGUGCCUCUGGGGAUCGGUGGGGCGGUUCUGGCCGGAGGAGAAGCAUUCCCGCAGCAGGCAGCAGAGCAGGACCCGGCGCCCCACACCCAGGCCGCCUCCCGGGGUACCUGGGGGCAAAGACUGGGGCCCGCCGCACCCCUCAGAACCCCCAACGCCUCCCUCUG